UCAGAGCGUCAGCUAAUGCGGCUGGUAUUUCCGGGUUUCAGAAUAAAACGAAUCAGCUCAGAAAAAAACUCUCCCUCUCGGCUCCUCGGAGGUCUGCGGUGUCUCCUGAGCUCAGCACGUGAAGCCGGUCCAGUCCACCUUCAGCAGGCCCAGACCAGCAGCAGGAUGUCCAACACGUCCCAGAAGCACCGGGACUUUGUUGGAGAGCCGAUGGGAGACAAACCAGUGUCGGCUCUGGCCGGGAUCGGAGAGAUUCUGGGGAAGAAGCUGGAGCACCAGGGCUUCGAUAAGGCCUACGUCGUCCUCGGUCAGUUCCUGCUGCUGAAGAAAGAUGGCGAGAUGUUCACAGAGUGGCUCAAAGACGCCAGCGGCGCGAACAGCCGCCAGGCAGGCCUCUGCGCUCUGUGUCUGAAGGAGUGGUGCGACGCCUUCCUCUGAGACCCCGCCUCCUAGCCAGAGACCCCGCCUCUUCCUGUUCUUCCCCUGCUUGCUCACUUUCUGCCUCUGAAGCUUCUGAGUGGUUCUCACGCUGUGUUGGGCCUGAAGCAUCUCUGCUGCUGUCAAAUGUUUUCAGGUGACUCUGUUCUGGUUCCUGCUGGACGGCUGUGAUGUCACAGCGCCCAACAGGUGUUCCUCUACCUGUUUAUAAGCUGGGUUCUGUGGGGAACGUUUACAUGAAUAAAGCUUUGUGUCUGAACUGUU